AUGUUGUAUAGAGAAGUCGUUAAGUCUGGUUUCUUCGAGUUUCAAGCAGCUCGAGAUCGUUAUCGGGAAAUGUCGACGGAAGGAAUGCAUCGCGAUCUUGUUUUUAGGUUUAUAGAAGUUCAAGUGUUGUUGUUAGCACCGAUAUGUCCACAUAUUUGUGAGCAUAUCUGGAAACUGAUAGGUCAUGUAAGUAUUUCAAAGAGUAUGAGUACGGUGGGUAUUAGCCAUUUCCCAAAGUCCUGGGUCUAGUCGCGCGAAUCCCUUGUUGGAGGGACAAGAAAUAUGGCAGCACACAUUUAAAUUAAAAGUUUAAUCUAAAAAGGAGAUAUUUCAUUUUUGGUCGUGUCAAAAAGUUGAUAUUUGAUAGUAGAUACUUCUUGACGCCUGUUUCCAUAUAUUUUGUGGUGAUCGCUAGAUAGUAUACUUCAAAAUAAGGUUUCCGUUUUUAUAACGUAGAAAAAACUACUAAUACUAACCCUCGCCCUAACCCCUAACCUAAACCCUAACCUAACCCUAAUUUAUUUUAAUUAUUUUAAAAAUUGAUAUAAAAACGGAAACCUUAUUUUGAAGUAUACUAUCUAGCAAUUGCCUAUAUUUUGUCCCUCCAAACGAUCCCAGAAUGCACUGUGAUCUCUUUUGGGAAAAGGCUAAUACUGUAGCUUUGCUCAAAGUGAUUCUUCAAAUAUGAUCAAGACUUGAGAGAUGUACAGAGUACGAAAAGGCAGAAAUUUGAUUACACAUGGUAUAGUUGGCCAAUCCAUGAGGGUUCGUAGCGGUGUAGGUCUUUAUCGUCUUUGAAAAGUCUUUGUGCAAGUAGGCAGAAAAAAUCUUCGAUAUGCCUUUGAAUAUUUCUUGGUCUUGGAGACUUGGAGACUACACGCGUAAAAAUCUCACAUCUUGUUGACAAAAUGUAUUGGCAGUCUGCUUGUCCCCAGUUCUUGACAAGUCUGGAACAAGUUGUUAUCAUCUUGAUGAGGCCAGCCCAUUGGCAACAGGAUGUUUCAGCAAGUCUGAUAUCGUCUGCACGUAACAAGUUGUGAACAAGUUGCUGACAACAAGCUUGUAGCAACUUGUUACAAACAGCCUGUAUUAUUUGAACAACAUGUAGCAAGUCUGUCACCGUCAUCGACCUUAGCACAGACCAAUAGCACAGCUGUAAUACGGCAAUAAAUAUCACUCCGUUUUUUUAAAGUGCCUAUAUCACUUGUGGGACCUUUAUGGAUUUGAACAGAGCGUAAAAAGUUAGUUAAUAAGUUCAAAAGAUUUUUUCAUUUAAUGCAAAGAGUGCAAUAUUAGUGUUUAGAGGCCUGUAGAAGAUACAGGCCUCUAAACUACAUACAGUUCCUGAGUCCCAGGCUUCUAUGCACAAUGGACCGUUUGGAAAAAGGCGAAAUUCAAUAGCCGUGUUUAGAGCCCAGUAGGCUGGGACGCAGGAACAGUCCGUUGUUUAAAGGCCUAUAUCCUCAUAACUAUUGCACACUAAAUAAAAAAAUUCUUUUGAACUUAUUAACUAACUUUUUACGCUCUUUUCAAAUCCAUAAAGGCCCCACAAUUGAUAUAGGCACUUUAAGUCUGUGGCUAAUAAAGUUUCAGUCAUUCAAUCAACCAUACAAGUUUCAAAAUACAAGUUUUAAUAUAUUAAUUAGCAUAUGAAUAGGAAGCGAAAUGACAUUUCUAUCUUUAUGAGCCUAUAUGUCCUAUUUUUUUCAGGAGAAAAGUAUAAUGUAUGCAUCAUGGCCUCAACAUGAAGGUAUUGAUGAAUCGUAUUUAAAAGCUUCAUCAUAUAUCGCUGACUCAGCACAUGAAUUCCGCUUGAGAAUCAAAUCCAUGAUGACAGCAAAAGGAAAAAAG